CAACAGACAGACAGCGAAACAUAUGAAAUCAACUGGGUUGAAACUACUUUUUCCAUUUAUUUGCCUCCAUCUGUCACGAUUAAAAUGCUCUUUCAGCGGUAUCAUGAGUUGAGUACAGCGCACUGGUAGAAGAAGAUCUCGGGCAGGGGUGGAAUAUGCGUCCCUGUUCCACUGUCAUGCAUCUGCUGCUGAGAUGCCUGCGCGGGUGUGGUAGGCACAGUCGCUGUCGCCUGCCCAGACGACUGAGGCAACCUGUGAGCUACAUCAAACUUAUAUUCAAAUCCCUUUAUUUUAACUCUCUCACUAAUUCGGAAGUGGUGAUGGACUCCCUCCUUGAGCCAGUGUUUUGGAUGGUGGAGGUUGUCACACGCUGGUUUGGAAAGGUCUUUGUAUUUUUAAUAGUAGCUCUUACCAGCUCUGUGGUCUUCAUUGCAUACUUCUGCCUUCUGCCGUUGGUCCUACAAACAUACACUCCUGGCUGGAUAAUGUGGCACAUUUGUUACGGAAAUUGGAUCCUGGUCAUGAUAGCCUUCCAUUACUACAAGGCCACAAAGACCCCCCCUGGAAAUCCUCCUCAGAUGAAAAAUGACAUCCCGUUUGUGUCAGUCUGUAAAAAGUGUGUCAUUCCUAAACCAGCGAGAAGUCAUCACUGCGGCAUCUGUAAAACAUGUAUUCUAAAAAUGGACCAUCAUUGCCCUUGGCUCAACAACUGUGUUGGUCAUUACAAUCAUCGUUACUUCUUCUCGUUUUGUCUCUAUUUGACUUUGGGCUGCAUGUACUGUAGCAUCAGCGGUCGUAAUCUCUUUAUUGAUGCAUACAAUGCCAUAGAUCAAUUCAGGCACAUGGAAGUGGAGAAACAGGGGAUCCCGGUGACAGGGAUUGGGUUGCUUAUCGGCAUCGUACCGUCAGAAGCCUUGGCUGGGAAGGUCAUUUCACAACCUCCAUACAACUAUAAGGACAGAAUGUUUCACAAGAGUGUUAUCUACAUGUGGGUCCUCACAAGCACAGUGGCAGUUGCCGUUGGAGCGCUGACAUUAUGGCACGCUGUACUUAUCACCCGUGGAGAGACCAGCAUUGAACGGCAUAUAAAUGAUAAAGAGGCCAAACGUUUGGCGAAACGUGGAAAGGUUUAUCGGAAUCCUUUCAAUUAUGGUAAACUGAAUAACUGGAAAGUGUUCUUUGGUGUGGAGAAGAGAAGUCAUUGGCUGACACGUGUUGUCCUACCCUCGGGACACACCCCAUAUGGGGAUGGACUAACAUGGGACAUCUACCCUCUUAAAAAAGACAUGUUGCCUGUCUGAGAUGUUAAAGACCUGGGUGUCCUGCCCAACAUUCUUACCAGGGUAAAACUCACCAGUUGUGCCAAGGCUGAAUGCAGAACCAGAGCCCUGGGAUAAUGGGAGUCUGCAGAGCCCAGAUUUAGACCGUGAUCUUAUGGGAUGACGAUUGCUCAUUCUGGCCAAAUGUAAAGACUGUCCUCCAGAAAGAACAUUUAAUUUUUGGAUAUUUUGUAAAGGAAUUCAUAAUGACAUUUGCUAUUUAUGGAAAAUACUGUGUUAAAAAUGCUGGUAGCCAUUUGGGGCUAUUCUCUGGUUUACACGUUUGUUUGUGUAAUUUUGUUUUUAACUCUACUUAUGUCACACAGUGUCAUUAUUUAAAGGGGUCAUGACAUGCCUUAUAUAAAAUUUUUGUAUGUUCCUUGAGGUUCACUUAUAAUGUUAGUUAAGUUUUUUGCAAAAAAAUAAAUAAAAUAAUAAUAAUAAUGUUUGUAAAACAUGAUCAUUUUCCACCCUGAUUCUGACCCUCUAUCAGAAACACUCUGGUGCUGCUUCUCCAUUAAGACUUGACAGUACACGCCCACUGUCAUGAUUGGCUCUCUGCUCUGACUGACCUGCUCUCUCCUUUCCUCUUAUAUGUCAAAAGAUCAAGGAAAAUUUUAUUCCUCAUGUCAUGACGCCUUUAAGAUUUUUAUGCACUGAAAUCCAACACUUUAUUUACAAGUCAACUACAUAUCAAAACCCUUGCUUAUGAUUUUAUUACAUAAUUUGUCAACAUUUUUUGUUGAAAGAUUUUAAACAUUAAAAAUACAGU